AUGUUGAAGAAAUCCAGGAAAGAGAGUGUGAAGAAGCCCGUUGUAAAUGUUAUAGAGGAGAAAAAAAUUCUCGAUUAUUCGUUUCUCAAAUUAACAUCUUUGACCGAACUGCCAUAUGAGAUUCCGAGGAAUGUGAAGAGCAGUGCAUUCCAGGUGAAACAUUCCGCAACCAUCCUGAAACUGAAUAACAAUCUUCUCGAAGGUGUAUUGUCGUUCAUGGAACACUUGAAUGCAGUGAUUGUUAAACCGGAACUUCUCGUCUGGAUUGAUUUGUCGUGCAAUUCAAUUCCAAAAAUUGAAGAUGCGUUUGAAAAUUUCACGGAACUGCAAAUAUUAUUGUUGCAUGGUAAUAAGAUUGAAGACAGGCAAGAUGUCCUCAAUCUCCUCAAAUGUAAAAAAUUGAUCAAGCUGACUUUGCACGGAAACCCCAUUGAAAGUUCCAAGAACUAUAAAUACUUUGUGAUAGCGAACGUUCCCCAGUUGAAAAGUUUCGACAUGAGCACAAUUUCUAGACUUGAUCUCAUCUCAGCAGAUGCAAUUUUUCCUAACGAUAGAUUGAAGAAAAUCAUCAAUCAACGAUUCUUCCCUUGCUCACAAAAAUAA